AUGUGGGGACCCGGGGUCACAGCGGAGGGCCUGUCGGUGGCGCCGGCACCGCCGCCGCUGCUGCCGCUGCUGCUACUGCUGGCGCUGGCGCUGGUGGCGCCCUCGCGGGGCGGCGGGGGCUGCGCGGAGCUGGCGUGUGGCGAGCGGGAGCGCUGCUGCGACGCGGCCAACGCCACAGCGGCGCGCUGCUGCAAGCUGCCGCUGCACGCCUUCCUAGACAACGUGGGCUGGUUCGUCCGCAAGCUCUCUGGGCUGCUUAUCCUGCUAGUGCUCUUCGCCAUCGGCUACUUCCUGCAGCGCAUCAUCUGCCCCAGCCCACGCAGGUACCCGCGAGGCCAGGCGCGGCCAGGGCAGGCACGGCCCGGACUGCCGGGGGCCGCAGGACCGCCGGGGGCCGCGGGGCCUCCCGACGACGACGACGACUCGCCCGCGCUACUGCGCGACGAGGCGGCCGCCGGCUCUCAGGACUCGCUGCUGGACAGUGGCGGCGGGGGCCGAGGCCGGGGAGGCGGCGGGCGCUCGGCCCCUUCCUGCGCCUCGGAGCACGAGCUUCGCGUAGUCUCGCCGGUCUUCCUGCAGCUGCCCAGCUACGAGGAGGUCAAGUACCUGCCCACCUACGAGGAGUCCAUGCGGCUGCAGCAGCUCAGCCCCGGGGAGGUCGUGCUGCCCGUGUCGGUGCUUGGCCGCCCGCGAGGCGGCGGCGCCGGGGAGUCCGACCGCGGCGAGGGCCGCUUCCCGCUCAUCUGA